ACAUUCACACGCAUACUGCGUUACAUGCAAUAUAAACAAAAUAAAACAGGAAAAAAGUAAGAGAAGAAACAGCAAGUGUAACGGUUUUUUUUUUGGCAUGUCAAACCAAAAGAACUGACAAAUAUGAAAAACAGUUGAUUGACAGUCUUCAGCAGGUGAAGUUUGAACGCAAAAAAGCCAACAGAAAAAGUUAUUAAACGGGAAAAGGAAACGGAAAAUAUCUAGAACUACAGCCUAGAAGUAUGCAAUGUAUAGAAAGUACAAAGUCUUAUUACAACAAUACAUCGUCAGCACUAUUAGCCUCUAUAUUAGCCACCAGCACUAACAACAACUCCUUCAACUCUGAGGAAGCCUCAAACUCACACACCUUUAGCCAAGAAUCGGGCGAAAUAACAGAAUGUGUGUGGCGUCGUAGUGAGUUAUCAGCUUUGGAAUUUGUUAUUUAUGCUUUUGUGGUGCCUUCGUUGGCAUUUUUUGGUUUAUGUGCCAACUUUAUAAAUGCCAUUGUCUUUAUGAGACCCAAAAUGACACCGUCAGCCUUUAGUUAUUUGGCUGCUCUCUCUUGGCUCGACUGUAUAUCGUGUAUGCUAAUAACCCUGACAGCUUUUUCACGCAGUUUUCUCUAUUCGAGCACAUUUUGGAUGGCCUAUGAUUUUCAGUGGCAAACCCCUUUGUUUGGCAUAACCACCGGAGCAGCAAAUCUCAUAUUGGCCUGUGUUAGUUUAGAUCGUUUUAUUUAUUUGCAUUGGGGCAUACCGAAUGGCACACCUAAGUUUUGUAGACGUUUCGUGGCUAGAAGAAUGAUUUUUGCUGUGAUUUUAUUGGCGAUUAUAGUGAAUGUGCCCUAUUUUUGUGUAUUUGUGGUAAAUGAUGAUGGAACAUUUGAAACAACGGCAUUUUACUUUUCAAAGUGA